CAUGUGUAGCGGAGCCGAAGGAGGCUCCUGGCCGUUGGCCAAAGACGCGCCCGCUGUAACUGCCGCCGCGAUCGACCACUACCGACUUCAGCUUUAUAACUACGCCGUCGCUGAACGCCUCCGCCUGUACCCGCCGGCACCAUGCUAUGGACCCUAUGCUCCACGUCUUGCUCUCUCCAUGUCACUUCUUCAACAACGUGCACUCCAGCCCGAAGAACCGAAACCACAACACAGUUACAUCGGUCUCAUUGCUAUGGCGAUCCUAAGCUCACCAGAACGCAAACUUGUUCUAUCCGAUAUCUACCAACAUAUUCUUGACAACUACCCCUACUUUAGAACAAGAGGUCCCGGUUGGAGGAAUUCAAUUCGACACAACUUAUCGCUAAACGAUUGCUUUGUUAAGGCUGGAAGGUCAGCCAAUGGAAAAGGUCACUACUGGGCGAUUCACCCGGCAAACAUUGAGGACUUUCGAAAAGGUGAUUUUAGAAGACGUAAAGCUCAGAGAAAAGUGCGAAAACAUAUGGGACUAGCAGUUGACGAUGACGGUGAGGAUUCACCUUCACCUCCACCACAAUCUCCUCCGCCGACGGCUUUGCCUCUACCUUUCUGGGGCGGCGGAAGGGUACCAGCCAAUGCACAGGCGCGUAAGAGGCAAUUUGAUGUUGCCUCUCUGCUUGCGCCAGAUGAUAUGCCAGAGAAACGCCCAAGAAAAGACAGCAGUGGAGAAGAGGAAAUCGAAGAAGAUAUAGACGUAGUGGCAAGCGAUCAAGAAGAAGUGCGAAUGACGGAGGAAGAGCCGCGGGCGCCUCUAACGCCUGCCGCGCAUUACCCGCUGCUCGGAGGCUGGUGGCCCGCGCUGGACCCCGCGAUCCUCCAGCAGCUACGCCGACACGCUGCACCACCACACUCUCCGGCCCCUCCCAGCCCUCCAGAUCAACAGCACCCACCGGAUACUUAAGCAAUCUGGACAUUAUGGCAAGAUUAAGCCACUCUCUGUACAAAUGUGAAUAGUGAAUACUCAGUAUUAAUAGAGAAUGAUAGUCAUAGUGAACUCAAUCAGUGCUUAUUUUCCUUCCUCAGUUUACCAUUUUAACUUCCUUCAAUACUAAUUCUCAAACAAUUACUUCAUACUUCAUACAUAUUUAACGCGCGUUGAACUCUUUAUCGAAGCAACCGUAUAUAUUUUACCGCUACAUGGUUCAUUUUUUUGUUUCUUCCAAAAACAAAGUGUAAUUUAUUGUAAAUUUAUUAUUAGAAGUGUGUAUAACUGUAUGUAUAAACGUGUUUUAUAAUGAAUCUACUUAUACUUAACAUUAAUUUUAAAGUCUGAAAAACGACCA